UAUAUCGGAAAAUAACCUAUAAAUCAUUUCGAUUUUCAAAUUUAAAGUAAGUGCUGUUUUCUCUGCUGGCUAAGGUUUUUGUGUUCAUCGUAUAUUUCAAAAUGGUAGUGUUUACUUGCAAUCACUGUGGUGAAAGCCUUCAAAAACCAAAAGUUGAAAAACAUUACAGUUUUGUGUGUCGAAGAAAUAAAUUCUUAACAUGUGUGGACUGUUUAAAAGACUUCAAUGGUGAGGAGUACGGUGCUCACAUAAAAUGUAUAACAGAAGAAGAACGCUAUGCAGCUAAAGGAACUUAUAAAAAUGGAAUUAUUAAGAAGGGUGAAGUGAAACAAGAACAGUGGUCUGAUAUGAUUAGGUCUAUUUUGAAUGGAAAUACACAAUUGAAGCCCAAAUGUGCCAAUUUACUCAAUCAUAUUGUUAAUUUCACCAAUGUUCCAAGGAAAAAACCUAAAUUUAUGAAUUUCAUGAAAAAUACCACCGGGAGUAGAGUUGAUAUUGCUACAGUGGAAGAAGUGUGGAAUGUGAUUGAGGAACACAAAAAAAAAGUUUCUACAUCUACACAAAAUAUUUUGUCAAAAGAUGAAAUCAAAUCUGAUGCGCCUACUGCUAAUUUAAAACGAAAAAACAUAGAUACAGAGGAGGUGAAUACGUCAAAUUUAAAAAAAUUGAAACCUGAAAUUGUUUCUGAAGAUGGUGAUAAAGCAGCAAAUGGAGACUCUGAAAAUAAUGCUACAAAAGGUUUCCAAAUGAAAGAAGAAAUUUUGAAUAUUUUAAAUAAAAAAGAAACAAUAUCAUUGAUAAAAUUAAGAAAAAAAGUACUGAAGAAAUCUAAAGCUUCUGGAGAAAUAGAUUGUGAAAAGUUUGACAAACGUUUCAACAAAAAGCUCCAAAAAAUUCCCAAUGUUGUAAUAGAAAAUGACAUAGUCUCAAUAAAAAAUAAAUAAAUA